AUGCCUCACUACGACGGCAAGAAAGAGCUGACGCCCGCCUCCAGCGAGACAGCGUCCUCGCCAGACAGCACCAGUGACCAGACCUGCUUCACGACUUCACAGCGCGUGCCGCGGUCCUGUGUCUGCCAGAGGUCGGACUCGGUGGACUCGGUCGUGCCGCGGCUUGACCCGUGUCGGCCGCGGCAGAAGUCGUGGCCUUACGAGCAGGAGGCGGCCGACACCGGGUCCGCGCCGGCCCGCCAGUCGUGGCACUGCCGCACCAGUAUCGUGGAGGACAUGCAGCCGGACGAGCUGUGGAAGCUGGAGUUCAUGAACCGCAGUCGGGACCACACGGUCGUGGAUGUCGGUUUGUCCGACUCCGAUCAGGCUGCGUCCGACGCCAGCGCCUCUGCCGGCGGACAGCCUAACGACUGGGAGGUACAGAUGCUGGUGGCCGAGAUGGACCGGUCAGAGCGACAGCAGCGGCGCAGUCUGGUGCCGGAUCUCACCUUCUCCGAACUGGAGCUGCUCGGUCGACUGGAGGGUGGUCGGCCAGCACGCUCCACCGUCGGCCGCAUGGCCAGCAUGGACGCCGUGCAUGUGGCCGGCCAGGCCGAAAGGUGUCGCCUCGGUCGCAACGCCAGCCUGCGCGAGAGCUCGAGCUCGCGGCGUCGGCCGCUCCGCAAGCGCGAGCUGGUCACCACCAUGUCGGACACGGCCGGCGCCUCGUUCAACAACAGUCGCGCCCAGCACAGACCCCUGCUUCAAGGCGUCAAUGGUGACUCCAGUCGCGACAGCUCGCCCGCCACCAAGGGGCGCGCCAGCGGCUCCAAUCCCAGUCAAGUGGUGGAGUCGGUGGCGUUGUAG